UGCUAAAUGCAGCUUAGUUUCCCAAUGGUUUCCUCUAGUUUCUUCCCCUUUUUACAAGCUACAUUCUAAUAACUUCCCUAUUUCUGUCAUAUAAGUACAGGUUGACUGAUUCACUCAGAGGCUGAGUAUGUCUUUUAGUAGGUAAAACCAGGAAAAAUGUCUGAGGAAGUCUAUGCCACGCCAGACCUCACCAAGAAAGUUAGGUUUCAGGCUAGCAAGACGGUGAUGGAACUGGAGGACAAAAAUGAUGACACCUGUGAUGACUAUGGUAAUGUUCAGAUUUAUGAUAACUGCUGGGCAGAGGGAAGCACGCUGCCGAACUUACAGGAAAACCUCUCUGAGGGGAAACCGCGAGACAUUUCAGUCAGCAAAGAAGGGUAUUCAGCAAAGAAAGAUGUUGUUGGUGUUGCUGCAGUGUUUCUGCUGCUGGUGUGUUGUAUUCUCCUGACUGCAGUCAUCAUCCUGUUUGUCCUUUUGAGUCAAAAUAUAAGCAACUUGAAAACUGAGAGAAAUCAACUGUCCAAGGACAAAGCAAUCCUGAUCAGAGAGAGGCUCCAACUGCUCACGAAUUACAGUGAAAUAAAGAGCCUCAAUGCCAACCUGACCCAGAGCAUGAUGCUCUUAACACAUGAGAACGACGCUUUGAAGCUUACUAAUGGGAACCUUACCAAAGAGAGAGACAGAUUGCAGAAUAAGACGAUGAGAACAUGCUGCUGUACUAAUUGGACACGUUUUGAGGACAGUUGCUACUUAGUUCCCACCCCAAAGUUAAACUGGUAUAAUAGUAAACAACAAUGUGACCACUAUGGUGCACACCUGGUGAUAAUAUCCAGCAGGGAGGAACAGGAACAUGUCAGCACAUUAGCAGAGACAGCCAUGAAAGCCAUGAAAGAUGACAGUGUCUGGAUUGGUCUGACUGAUGAAGAGGUACAAGGUGUUUGGAAAUGGGUGGAUGGAACGGUUGUCAACACAAGACAUUGGUGCUUUGCACCUCUGGUCUGUAUACAGCCCAUCGUUAUGGGUGAGUCAGCCUCACUGCAGUAUCACAAUGGUCAAUCCGACAGUAUGACUGUCUGAUUAUUUUUCUACCAAGUAAUCACGGCUCAGUUGUGUGUACAGCUGGGGUCUCAGAAGUCACCCCUGCGCCCCAGUGGAUCUUGGUGGCUUCAGGUACUGGAGACUUUCUCAGCCGGAUAAUUACAAAUCUGGAACCAUGACUGAACACUGUGCUUCUAUAUCUAAGGAUAAUAAGAGGGCUAACUGGAAUGAUCUCUUUUGCACAGACACACAUCUCUUUAUCUGUGAGCAAACGCUUAAAUGAAUCCACAUUAUAAUGUCACACAUGGAAACAGUACAGCAGCUCUGUUAAGAUAAGACCAUCAGUGUGACAGUCAGCCAGCACAAACAACACCAGGACCCCCAAAACUAAAGCAGCUAAAUGCAAUGUAGAUACUCAGUUUAUUAUUCACCUGUGUAUUUUCCCAUUGUAACAUCAGAAAUGUCCAAACUGGGACUCAGUUGUUGCCUUUUCUCUCUUUUUCUUUUGCAAGGACAGUAAAUUUAGAUAAUGAAUAAAUGUUUUUAACUGAUAGCCUUAACACCUAAGCGUCUCUUUGAAAUGUAGGAGUAUGUCAGCACAUUAGCAGAAACAGCCAUGAAUACCAUGAAUGAUGUGAAGCUCUCUUGCUCUUAUGCAUAUGAAAUCACAAUAUUACAGACUGCUGUACUGUGCUGUGUCAUGUAUUAAUUAACCCGAGAGCAUUGUAUUCUUUUAAUUUAGUUUUUUUGCCAGUUUGUUGUCAAUGUUGGUUGUUCUUAUUUUGAAUAAAUACGUGAUAUUGUU